AUGUGUACAUUAGAUUUCUUAAAAUCACUCAGAAUUGGUAACAUGAAAUACUAGCCUCAAUGUUUUUAAAAAAAAAAGUAUAAGCAGGAAUCUGACCGCUUUUCGAUAUUCAUCAAAGUGAAUACCAUAUGUGUUUCUUAAAAACAGAAAUAAAAAAGAUCUUCAGUCAUUUCCCUCAAAGAAAAUGAUCUUCAAAGUCAUGUCGCAUAAAAUUUUGCUUUUCUCUUUGUGAAAAAAAGGAAACAAAAUCCACAAAUUUAUGAACAAAGGAGAAUGAAUCCCUAAAUUAAGACGAAAAACAAACCCUCCAAAAGUACAAGUAAAACCAUAAAAACGACUAUUUGAUUUUGUUUCAUACAAAUUUCAUUAACCCUCAUUUUGUUUUUUUAGGUUUUAUUUUAAUCUGAAAUCCGAAUCCCUUUUAGAAGGAAUCCAAACCCCAUAAAAGGACCUAAAUUUUUGGUUUCCUUUGCACACACAUAUAUAGUGUAUCUCAUUCUCAUAUACGCGCACAAUUUCUCAGACCUACUCGCAUUAGCUAUAGGGAGAGAUGGAGCAUCAGCAGCAGCACGAGCAAGACGACGACGUUUAUGGCGGCGACCUGCCCGACGAGGAUUACAUGGAGUCCGAAUUUGACCCUUCUGCCGACGCCGACGCCGACGCCGACGCUGAUGCUGAUGCUGAAGCCGCCUCUGAAUCCAAAACGCAGGAGUUGGAGAGUAUGAAGAAGAGGUUGCAGGAGAUUGAGGAAGAAGCAGGCGCGCUUCGCGAAAUGCAAGCCAAGGUUGAGAAGGAGAUGGGGGCGAAUCAAGAAGAAGGUGGUUCAUCCGUUAGCCAAGCUGAAAAGGAAGAGGUGGAUGCUCGAUCCAUAUAUGUUGGUAAUGUUGACUAUGCAUGCACGCCUGAGGAAGUUCAGCAGCAUUUUCAGUCUUGUGGGACUGUAAACCGGGUCACUAUAUUGACAGACAAGUUUGGUCAACCCAAAGGUUUUGCUUAUGUAGAGUUUGUGGAGGUUGAAGCUGUUCAAAAUGCUCUGCUGCUAAAUGAAUCUGAGCUGCAUGGCCGUCAACUGAAGGUCUCUGCUAAGAGAACUAAUAUUCCUGGUAUGAAACAAUAUCGAGGAAGGCGUCCAAAUCCAUAUUUUGGUUCAAGGAGGCCAUUCAUGCCCGGUCCUCCUGUCUACCCUCCUUUUAGUUAUGGGAGGGUUCCGAGAUUUAGGCGCCCAAUGCGCUACAGGCCGUAUUGAUGAAUAUUUUUCAGUUGGGCUACUGUACGAUUGAGGAAUAACUUGGGUUCAAGCAACGCCUCCAUUAAAUUGUGCCUUGAUAUGAUCUACUUAUCCGGAUACUCUACAUGGCUGAUGGCUAGAGUUAGUGUGAUAUUCAAACUUCUUGUAACUUUUUAUUGUAACUUGUGUUAUAGUAGCUGCAUGCAAUUAUAAUUAUGAUUAUGACUGCUUAUAGGCAAGGAAGAGAGAAAAGCUGAUAACUAGGGGUCUUCUUAUAGUCCAUUCCAUGGUUUGUCUGGGAACCUCACAUGUUGUUGCCAACUGUUCAGUGAUUACAUCUUAUGAUAGCUGGAUAUUUAUGACAUUAUUUUAAUUCUCUAUC